CAGAAGGGUGGACAGGUUGGCUUCGCGCUCCCGGGAGGAAGCCGGAGAACAGGUUAUGUGGGGGCUGGCGGGGACUUUUGCCAGGGACACCGCGCGCGAGCCGGAAGUACAGGCUGCGCCAGCCGCGCCGCAGGAGCUCCGGGCUAGACGGUGGCGACGGCGGCCCCUCGGAGGGAGGAGGACGAUGAGGAGCGGCGGGGGCGGCGCGGGGCCUCGCUGCUGCGCGGAGCCGGGUUCCGAGCCCGCGGCCGACUGCGCAGCCCGCCCGCGAGCCUGAGAUACCUACGUGGAGCUACCAUGGAAAAAUCCUGGAUGCUGUGGAACUUCAUUGAAAGAUGGCUGCUGGCCUUGGCGUCCUGGUCUUGGGCUCUCUGCCGCAUCUCUCUGUUGCCUUUGAUAGUGACUUUUCAUCUGUAUGGAGGCAUUGUCUUACUUUUGCUGAUAUUCGUGUCAAUUGCAGGUAUCUUAUAUAAAUUCCAGGAUGUUUUGCUUUACUUUCCAGAACAGCCAUCUUCUUCCCGCCUUUAUGUCCCCAUGCCCACAGGUAUUCCCCAUGAAAACAUUUUCAUCAGAACCAAAGAUGGAGUGCGCCUGAAUCUGAUCUUGGUGAGAUACACUGGAGACAAUUCCCCAUAUUGCCCGACCAUAAUUUAUUUUCAUGGGAAUGCAGGCAACAUAGGCCACAGGUUACCAAACGCACUGCUUAUGCUGGUGAACCUCAAAGUGAAUCUUGUACUUGUUGAUUACCGGGGGUAUGGAAAAAGUGAAGGAGAAGCCAGUGAAGAAGGACUGUAUUUGGAUUCUGAAGCUGUGCUAGACUAUGUUAUGACUAGACCUGACCUCGAUAAAACCAAGGUUUUCCUUUUUGGCCGCUCCCUGGGAGGAGCAGUCGCCAUUCACUUGGCUUCUGAGAAUUCUCACAGGAUUUCAGCCAUCAUGGUGGAGAACACGUUCCUAAGCAUACCACACAUGGCCAGCACUCUAUUUUCAUUCUUCCCAAUGCGUUACCUUCCUCUAUGGUGCUAUAAAAAUAAGUUUCUGUCCUACAGAAAGAUCUCCCAGUGCAGGAUGCCUUCUCUCUUCAUCUCUGGCCUCUCUGACCAGUUGAUCCCACCCGUGAUGAUGAAACAGCUCUACGAGCUCUCCCCAUCCCGGACUAAGAGAUUAGCCAUUUUCCCAGAUGGGACGCACAACGACACAUGGCAGUGCCAAGGCUACUUCACUGCGCUAGAACAAUUUAUUAAGGAAGUGAUCAAGAGUCAUUCUCCAGAAGACAUGACAAAGACAUCAUCCAAUGUCACCAUCAUCUGAUGCCACCCUGUUGAUAGAUGCCUUGGGUUUCAGUGUGUGGGUGAUGAUGUCUCUUCUGGGUGUGUGUUUAUGCUGAUCUGCACAGUGACUGAGCACUCCACUCUGAUGAUUCUGGAACUUUCGAAAGUUUCAAACUGGGUUUCUUAAGAGUGUUUAAUAUUCCCAUCAGAACUCCAGCCUGGUGAGAUACCCUUAACUUUAGUUUAACAUGCUGGUUUGAUAGAUGUCAUCCAAACAUUUCUUGUUGGUUAAGUGGUACAAUCUAAGUUGUACUCAGAUGGAGAUGCAAACAAGAAACCUUCAGGUGUCUGUCAUUCCUUUCAUGAAUAUUGGGACAAUCACGGUAAGCAAGCAAGUGCUGCUGCGUUUUCACCUUAAACAUUAAGAUGAAGUGCAUGGUGGUGUUUUAUUCUUGACUUAUGCAAUGCGAUAUUUUUAAUGUAAAUAACACUGGUCUCAUGCCAAUGUAUAUGGUUUCCUGGGUUAUAUCUAUUUUUAUGUAAACUCUAUUUUGUUUCGGUGAGGAAUGAGUGUAAGGCCUGUGGGCAGAUUCCAUGUUCUGCUGCUACUGAGAUCCGGCUUUUUCCUAAUAAUAAACAGGACCUUUUUCCAAUAUAGAUGUACUGUGUUUUUGUUAGGAGCUGUCUGGAUCAUGGCUAGUGGGAUAGGAAGUUAGCAUUUUACUGCAGCUUUCUUUGUAUAUUGAACUUUUUAACAUUUGUGAUUUUGGUUGCAAACAAAAUUUUAGCCUCUGUCAGUUUAUGAAUCUUCAGCUAACCAGUAGCAGCCACAGCCAGGGCUAGAACUAGCCUGUGGUAGAGUGAGGAAAACUGAGCACGUGUGCACACGGCCCUAUGCUAAGCCACAGUCAGGGCUAGAACUAGCCUGUGGUGGAGUGAAGACAACUGAGCACGUGUGCACACAGCUUUAUGCCAUGCUUUCAUCUGAGUGAAGCCCCAGUACCUAGGAUGUGCCUGGCCUGACAGAGGCAACCAUCAUUUAUUGAACUUUUUGGAAAUAAAUUUCAAAAUGAAAGAAAAACAAAAAAGCAAAUAACCAAGUAUGGCUUAAUAUUCCAGUCUUGUGUAAUGGGCUAUAUGAAGGGACGGUCUUAGGAAAAUUUGUCAGUUUUACUGGUGAGAUUGAAGGAUUCCAGAGCUUUUCCCAGCCUCUUACACAUAUAGCAAUUAAGGAGCUGUGCGUGGGAAGAUGCACUUGUCAAAGUGAGCCCUUUGAAGCCUGGAAGCACUUGGUAACAUUCCAGUCAGGAGGUGGAGCCUGCCAAGUCCUUUCCCUGUGGUCCUCACCAGGUAGCCGUGCUUGAGCCCUUGCACAUUAGGUCCGCUCCCACCCAUGAUUGCAGAUAGCUUAGCUGUGUUUAUUGACCUUCCACAAGCAGCUAGAGCACAGUGAUAAUGAGUCAGUAGUCUUGACCUUAAUUUAAAACUUUCCAUGAACAUAGGGCUAGAAGUACUUUUGCCAAGUAGCAUUCUUAGCCUUCAUUUUAUGCCAAUGUUUAGAAAACAAUGAUGUAUAGCAAGUAUAAUUUCUAAAGAAUAAUGCUUUUCUAUAAAUUAUUAAUUGUAAAGAGUCUUGUUUUUUAAAGAGUUGGUAACUCAUCGUGGAGGGUGUAUUUUGUAUGUGUAAAUUCACCACAAUUAAAGGCCGCUUUUCAUCUUGUCAAUCUUUGCUAUGUAGAAUGACUAUUCUGAAUACUAAUCUGCUGAAAGGACAAUAUGCAGCAACAGCCAGAAUGUAGACUUGAGCUGUCAUGGCAUACUAAGUUAAAUUUACUAAGUACAUUUAGAGUACUGUACUAGAGUUCUGUUUUCAUUAGUCCCCUGGCCUGGAGGGGUUUACCAAUGCGUUGUAUGUCCCAUCCAGUGAAACUGGAACACUUGCUCCUUCCUUGCUGUUUCUCUGCUGUUUUCUGUCCAGCUUUUGCUGACUGGGACUUGUGGGAUGGAAGAGCAGCACUCAAGCGUGCCCCCUCGCUCUCCUAGAGAGAGCACUUCUCUUCAGCAGACAGCUUUGGCUAAGGAUGCCACACAGCUCUCAUUACCAACUAUGUGUUUGAUAGGAUUUCUUUAGAUGAGCAGGGAUAGAACACAAACUCAGACUUUCAGGGGCCGUGAUGCACCCCGGCAUCAUUCCCGAAAACUCUGAAACAUGACUACUGCAGGAGUCACUCCUUCACUUCAGACUCUUCAUUGGUGGGAAUGGUCAUGGCCUGUCAAUUUCUAACUCAUUAAGAAAUAAGAGAAAUGGAUAAGUAAUCUUAACUUAUGCAGCUACUGUGAAUUUAGAAAUACUAAAUUAUCCUAAGCAGGACAAGAUAAACUUAAAAAAAAAUCCUAAAUUCCAUAUUUUAAAGAAUAAUAGAGGGUGAGACUUAAGGAAAAAAGGAUCCUACAGAGAAUAUUGCAUAGUGAAAGGAGAAAGUAUUAGUAUCAGACUGAAGGAUACUAAUAGACUAGAAACCACUUGGCAGCAGUUGGUGACUCCAUUCUUAAAUUAGAGGUAGGAAUACUUAAUUGCUGAGGUGGAUGGACAGAAAACUUCAGAAUACAUAAUUGCUGAGGUGGAUGGACAGAAAACUUCAGAAUAUAAUUUUAGAUCAAAGCCCUAAAAUAAGGUGACCCUGUGCCUCAUGUAACUGUCUUAAGGUUUUGACUGUGAUGAUAUAUCCAUUAUGUUGCUGUAAAAUGGGUCACACAGCAGCUUAUGUUGGCUCGAGAUACUUAGUGUUGAGACAGAUUAUGGUUCUGGUGACAUCACUGGAGUGAUGAUGGCAUGUGUGUCCCUGACGUUCGCACCUACUGAUGCUUGCCCUUCUGUUAGGUUUGUCUUGGGUGGUAGAGAUGGUUAAAGAUAGCUUAGAUAGCUUUCACAUGGGUUGCAUAUCAGAUGUUUACAUUAUAAUUCAUAACAGCAGAAUUAUAUUUAUGAAGUAGCAACAAGUAAUUGUAUGGUUGGAGAGUCACCACAGCAUGAGGGAACUGUAUUAAAGGGUCACAGCAUUGGCAAGGUUGAGAACCACUGAGCUAGGCCAUAGUUGACAUACUUGAGCCCUCUGAUUAUCCCUCAAACCUUUUUCCUAUCAUGUUUGACAAUUAUAUAUUUUAAAGAGAACUACAAAGAAAAAUUAGUCAUAAGUAAUUCUUCUGGAAUGUCUACUUAAACUUAAGCAUUGUCAUGUGACUCAGGAAAAGUUAGAAUUGACACAGAACAGGGCUCUAUUUUUUAGCUUGCUAGAGUAGAAAAUGCAAAACUGUAUUCUCACCACAUAUGCACCUCCCUCCCCCUCGGAAGCACUGCCACCUUGUGUGGCAGGCAGGCAGUCAUCUUGUUCUAGUUAACAUUUGCCAAUGACACAGAGAUACCUCCAUUUAUAUUUUGUAUUUUAAAAAAAGUAGAGUAAAUAUAGGACUGUAUAACCCACACUUUUUGACAAAAAGUGCAAUAUAAACAUAUAUAACAAGUGUGUGUGCACCAUCAUUUAUAACAAUUUUUGUCGGUACAAGAUGUACUAAAGUUCAUCUUCCAUAUAGGGACAUUCAGUAUGAAGUAAGUUAGUCCAGUUUCAUAAUCUGAGCCAUAAUUUUGUUAUCGCCAUAUUUUCUUUGACAUAGUAAUAAAAUUUUAUAGCUCAAAUUUUAAUGUCCUCUUAACUAUGCGCUAACCAUGGCAAGAAAACAUUUGUGGGGUUUUGUGAUUGGUUUUUGGUUCAUUUUUCCUUUUUCACAUUUCUCUUAAGGUAUACUUUCUAUUUUUCUGUACUGACAUGCAAUAAAUUGAUACAUGAACAGCUUGAUUAAUGUCAGUUUGUAUUCAAAAAUUCUACCUAUGUAAAGUCUAUCAUAGGUCGUUAAGUUAUCUAAUGGUUCAAUAAAACCAUGAGUUUCACUGAAA